AUGAAGCUUUUUUAUCUUUUUACGGCAACUCUUGCAGAGAGACAACGGGGCAAUAUUACGGCUCUAGAACGAUCUUCUGGUUCCUGCGCGGCAGUCGAUAAUCCUAAGUGUUGUGGAAGUCAAUUCGAAAGCAACGGGGGAUCUUGCUCCAAUGGGUGCUAUUGCGAUGCCGUUUGCUGCUCGUAUGGCGACUGCUGUGAUGACUACGAUACCACCGGCAUUUGCAAUAUCUUAAUAGGCUCUUGUGGCUUCCAAAACGGCGACCCAAAUGCACCUGGCCCAGGAGGAGCAUCCAACACGACAACAACGACGACGACAACAACGACAACAACUUCAACGACAACGACCACAACAACAACUUCAACAACCACAAUCGUUCAACUGGAAGAGAAAUACGACGAGCUCGAAUUCGUUCUUGACGACGCUGUUUCCGAUCAUCCCAACGAUGGCCUGAAGAAUUUCUACAAGAUAAAGCAGCGAUUCGGCUGGUUUAAUGACUACGUUGAUAGUCCCUGCGUGAACCCGGCCGGUGCUGGCCCAGGAGUUGCACCAGACUACAUCGAUCCUACCAUCGCCAUCACUGAUCCUUGCCUCGCCGCCGAAACCUUCUACAACUCCCUCCUCGGCUUCUAUGAUGACUUCGUCUGCUUGGAUCGAGUUCCACCAAAGAUCGCCGCCAAAGUCCCCGCUCAACUGGCGCACGCGAAGAAUCUCUUCAACCGAAUCUUGAGAAAGACCCCAUCCUGCUCACCAAUUGUCUAG